AUGAAUUCAAAUGUUGAAAAUGAAAUGAUAGAUAAAGAUAUAGCUGUGGAGAAUGUUAUUAGACGGUUGAGACAAAAAAAAAACAUAGAAGUCAAGAAAGUAAAAGAUGUCGAUUCCAAAUUGAAGCGCAUCUCCCUCAUGGUUGAGAAAAGAGUUAAAUCCGAAAUGAAAGACUUAGAUGGAACCAAACCUACUGUUGCAAGCCUUAAUAAUGAUGACCUAAAAUCUAUUGAUCGUGACCAAAAUAUUCAACCAGGUAAUUCCAUAAAACCAAGAAACUUUCUUGAAAUUGAAGAUGACGAGAUUGAAGAUUAUUUAGAAAUUGAUCAAAAUGUAGUGGAAGAUUUAGAGGCCUUAAUUCCUGAAGAAGAAAUUGUUUCCAUCAGUAAUUCACUAAUUCAACCAGAAGAACCAUUACCGGUUGAGUUGGAGGAUAAAACAGAUAUAGAAACCAAGCCUGAUAAUACUGCGAUUUCAAAGGAGCCCUUAUCAGAACCGAUCCCAGUCUCUGAAUCUGUCGAGUGUAAGGAUGUACUUCAACAAAAUGAAUCCCAAGAAUUGGAAUUGAAAAUCAAAAAAGAUGAUGAUGUUGAAGGCAAAUCUGAAAUUCAACAAAAUGAUGAUUUAGUUUUGAUCGACUCCCCUAAAGACGACGGAGUUGAGCAGAAGAAUGAAGGUUCAGAUGAAGGGAUCACAAUAAACAAUAACGACUUUGGUACUGUAACAAAUAACAAAAUUACUUCUACUUCCCUUAACUCCAACUCAGAAACUAUAAAAAAAAUUCAGGAAACACUUGAGAAUACUAAAAAACAGAAAACUUUGUAUAAUACUAAGAAAACUGAUGACAAAACUCAAAAAAUGUCAAAUAAUAAGAAAUCAAAACAAAACCUAUCUGGAAAUUCCAGAAAAAUAACUGAUUUUUUCAAUCCUGAUUCUGUUAAAACAGAAAGUGAAUCCAUUCAGCAAACUGAAGAAAUCAAAGCAGCUGAUAAUUCUCAAUUGGAACCAAAUUCCAAAGGUCAAAAUUGUUCCUCUGAAAUAAUCCAUUUGGAAGAAGAAGUGAUCCCGAUAAGAACCAGAACCCUUCGCAGUAGUUCCAAAGUGUCUCAAGUAUCUAAAACAAAGGAACCGCAAGAAGAAAUUUCAACAACUUCGACUGUUUCAUUGAAAACUCAAAGAACUAAUAAUUCAUCGGUAGUUGAUGGGGAAUCAAAAAAAGAUACCUUUGUUUCACACAAGAUAGAAUCAUCUAUUAAAAUUGCAGAUGAUUCUGCAUUGUGCGAAGAAGAGGCUAAAAAUGAAUUAACUACACCUGAAUGUCUAAAUACUGGUUUGAAAAGAACCAAUGAAUCAAAACCUGAAAUUUCAAAGUCUAAACGUAAAAAACAGUCAAAGAAGAUAAAUAAAAAAAACAACUCAAAAACGGUUCAAAUUCACAGUCAAUCUGAAGGAGCUAAUGAUAAUCCAGAAGAUAAAGGUCUACAGGUGAUAAAAAAAGAUUCCCCGACAAAUUCUGACUCAAAAGUCCUAUCAAAACAACAACAAGAAGAAACUGUGAAUGAAACCAAGGAUAAUCAUUCUGAAACUGAAACUAUGAAAAAGAGUGAUGUAGCGAAGUUAGAGAUAUAUGAUUUCGAUGAUAAAUCUAAUGAGGAAAUAGAAACCCUGAAGAAACCUAUAAAAAACAGAAAACCACAAAAAAAUCAAACUGAACGGAGGAACAUAGCAGAUGUAUUUUCUAAUAAAAAAUCAAGAUUGGGCAAAGAAAUUAUGGGCCAAGAUCAGCAUUUACCCCUAAAUACAUCAGGGGAAAAUGUUGAACUAGAAAAUGUUAAUAACAAUGGAGUCAACACUUCACCAAAUAUUAUUGGAAGUUCUUUACAAUCGGAAGUUGAAUCUCCAACCGAGUCACAAGAAGAUUUCAAGCCUGAAAAUAAAGACAAUAUCAGUUUGGAUUUUGUUGCUACAACUCCUAGUGAAAAUUUAUCGAAAGGGAAUGCUGGAAGUAUGGAAGUAACUGAGGAAUUUAGCGUUAAUUGGAAACCAUCAUAUGGACCAUACAAGAGGGUCGACAGAUGCAAUGUCUGCCUAUUGGCCUUUAAAAGUUAUAAAAAACUUCGAGCUCACAAGAAGGUCCAUGAGGUGGAAAAUCCCUACAAAUGUAAUAAGUGUGGCGAUUCCUUUGAGGACGUAGAAAAGUUAGCUGCUCAUCUGAGAAUACAUAAAGGAUAUGAGUUAUUCUUUUAUCUUAUCAUCACGUCUUAUUGA